AUGGGCAAACGCUCCACGUGCCCGUCGGAGCCGGCUUGUGCGUCAGUGCAGACACCACGCCCGCUGAGGAAGAGCUUCCUUGGAGCGGUCACGCAGGACGUGCAAGCGGUGAUUGUCUUGGAGCUCCUAGGAGGCCCGCAGCCAGUCGCGCGAAUGGCGGUCACAUGCCGAGAGAUGCUGAAGCAGCUGAGAGAUCCAAGGAGUAAUCAACUUCGCGUGUCCACAGCAAGCUUCUGUGCUGUGACGCCUGCCCUGCUUGCGCUUAGCACUGGUGACUGCAGGCAAGAUGCCAGUGAACAGAUGGCCUUGCCGAAGUAUCUGCGCAUCAUCCAAGCCAUGACAUUCCUUUGUGGGCUGUUCUUCCGGGUCACAGUAUGUCUGCUGGCGAGCAGAAGUGCUUCUACAACAUGCCUGCCUGAAGCAAUUCCUGAGGUUGAGCGCGCCUUGAUCAAAGCCCUUGAUGGCGCGGACAUCCCCAUUGGAUUCUUCCAAGGCGCAUGGGAGUCAGCUUACCUGACAUCGGACAUUGCCCGAAUCCUGGUUGAGGAAGUGUUGGGCUACCAUACAUGGAUCCACCCGGAGGAUGGACGUAGUGCAGUCGUCACGCCUUAUGCCCUAGCUGGGUGUUUGGAUUUCAACAAUGCUACAAAUCAACAGUGUGGCAUCAACGAGACCCGACUCCAUGUUUGUGUAGACUGCUGGUCGGCCACCUAUGCUUCAGUAGUGGAAGACAUGAAGGAGACAUUCCCGCACUUGAUACCCGUGGAUUUGGGCAGCAUGGGAUACGAAGGCGAAGAGUCGAUGUACCUCACCAAGGAUGUUCUCCAGCAAGCACUGGACGCCGAGGGCUUGCCCUUGGACUUCUACCGAGGCUACAAUCUGACGCACCAUAACCCCAAGCAGUACUUUGACAGCAUCGACACCAUAAACUUGGCAGACCUUUUCCUUUGUGAGGAAACCGAUUUCUACAAGCCGGAGGCGAUGGCAGACUAUGCCAGAUGGACAGGUGAUGCUGCAGGAGUUCAGAUGCUAGCGAAUGGCAACUACGCGGCCAAGUGUCAUGCAGGCAAGUGGUGGAUAUCGCCCCAGUGCCGAAGUGAUACAUCAACCUGCAUUCCGGUGAUUACUGCAGGUGCGGGGUGGAAGCUCCAGGCCAUGAUGUUCUGGUCGACGACCUAUGGCUUUCCGGCGGCAAUCGCUGUAGCCAACUCCUGGGGCAACUACGUUUCGAUUGUUUCCACUACACGCAGCCUGUACUACUGGUGGGUACCGGAUGCAACAUUCAUCACGCAGCAGCCGCAGUCCAUCGUGUUCCCACCCUACUCCGCCUCGGAGUGGGCGCAGGGCAACAUGAGGACGGCAGCAACUGGAACCUACAUCAGCAAGGCAGUCAGCAGCAAUUUCGCAAACCAGGCACCCAGGGUCAGCAGCUUCAUUGCCGGCGUGAACUUUGAACUCGCCGAGCUCAUGGAUCUUCUGCUGACCAUCGCUUCUGGGACAUUGCGUUAUGAUGUUGCAUGCCAGUGGGUGCGAGACAACAAGCAGAGGUGGCAAGAGUGGCUUCCGAUCGAAACCAAUUGCAUCACCGGCUUUGGUUUAGCUGAUGCUGCAGGCAACUUUGUGAUGGACAGGGCGAAUGCCACAAGCUGCGAAGUGUGCACCCCAGGAAAGUUCUCGCAGGAAUACCUUGACAUCACAGGAGCCACCCGUCUUUGUGUCCCGUGCGCCCCGGGAACUUCUCAGGAAAAGAGUGCAGCGACCAGCUGCACGCCAUGUCAACCUGGGAGUUACACCGACACUGAUGGCAGAGAGACAUGUAACGUGUGCGAACAGGGAUCGUACCAAACCUUGGAGGGCCAGACCGGCUGCACCAGCUGCGACGAGGUCCGCACGACCCGGCUACUCGCUGCAAGCAGAAGGGAAGACUGCGUGUGCAAGCAAGGCUUGAUCGAAGCGUCGCUGGGGGUCUGUGUGAGCUGCGGCGAAGGCUUGUACUGCCCUGUGGGAAGCACCGUGGAGCGACUGAGAAACGGCAGCAGUGAGGCACGGCCCGAAGUGCUGCCCAUGUACUUCAGCAGCAUGGAAGUGCCCCUGGAGACCUACCGCUGCCAGUCGCACUGCCCCGGGGCAACACCAGGCAGUUGCGACGGAGGCCGCGUGGGGCGAACCUGCAGCGAGUGCCCCGACAAUUUCUACAGCACGGGGAACCAGUGCGCCGAGUGUGGUGUAGCGCUGCCAGUUCUUUGGGUUCUCGGCAUUGGUAUAUUGGUUUGUGGCAUUUUCAGCUCCUACUACCUCCUCACAUCAAGCUACACGGCCAAAGCCAGUGUGCUGACUUGUACCACGUGCAGCUUUGGUAUGAUGGUCUCCCUUUUCCAGAACCUGGGCGUGAUACAGACCGUGUCAGUGCCGUGGCCAACUGGUCUCAAGGACUUUCUUGGCUUCUUCCAGAUCUUCCUCUUGGACUUGGACAGCCUUGGCUUCAGCUGCAUUGCUGGCGGCCCCGUGCAGCGAUUCGCUGGCAACUGUGCCUUCUUCUGCGUU